UCUCCUCCCACUCCCUUAGGGCCGUGAACACAACCUAAAGAGAGCGGUCUGUCCCCAGAAGUCCAACUAUAUUUUGUUCAUGUCUAGUGAAGCUGCAUUUCUAGAAACCUUUCUUGGAGAUACCGUGUGACGCGGAGCGUUGUUUUGGCGCUUUGUCAGAUUUCAUGUGAAUUUACUGUUUAGUUGAACGACGGGAAAAUGGAGUCAUCUCUUGAGUUUUCCAGCUCUUUGGGCAGUGUGUCCUCCGUAUUGACUCGAUGUCGGACCUUUAAAGUGCUGGUGAUAGGAGACUCCGGGGUGGGGAAGACCUGCCUCACGCACCGGCUCUGCGCCGGGGAGUUCCCCAGCAGAGUGGAGGCCACCAUCGGGGUGGACUUCCGCGAUCUACAGCUGGAUAUCCAUGGAGAGAAAAUCAAGCUCCAGCUGUGGGACACAGCAGGACAGGAGCGUUUCCGUAAGUCCAUGGUCCAACACUACUACCGCAACGUCCACGCCGUGCUCUUCAUAUAUGAUGUCACCUGCCCCGCCAGCUUCCGCAGUCUGACCGCCUGGAUAGAAGAGUGCCGGCAGAACUCCCUCGGGCAGGACAUCCCCAGGUUCCUGGUGGGUAAUAAGAGCGACCUGCGGGACCCCCGCAGGGCCGACGGCCAGGUGAGCCAGGAGCUGGCGGCCAGCUUCGCCAAAGCCCACGGCAUGAUGUCGUUUGAGACGUCGGCCAAGAACCCGCCGAACAAAUGCGGCAACGGUCGCCUAGUUGAUGCCGAGGUGUCGUAUCAGCAGGAUAAAGUGGAAGACAUCGUUGCUGCUCUUGGUGCCAAACUGAAGAGAACUUCAGUAACAAGCUCCCCGGACUGCGGCUCCUUUAAAAUCCUCAACAAGAAAAGAGCCGAGAAAGAGCUGUGGACCUGCUGCUGAGAGACGUUUCUCUGUUCAGAUGGGACGUUUUAGCUCUUUAUAGGUCUAUGAUUGGGUGUGAACAUGUGUUUGAGUGAGUGAGCAAAUGACUGUGAUUGUGUGCAUAAUAAUCACUUUUAGACCAAAGACAAAACAACGAUGCUUGAACAAUGUUACAUUUGAAAUACAGCUGCUGUUACUCACACACCAAUCUUA